AUGAAUUACUUUAGAAAAGCAAAUUAUACCCCUAUGAGAGUAAAUUAAAAUCAAGAAAAAGCUCUUCUUUUGCCAAAUAUAUUUUUGUUUUAGUAAUCUCCAGAAAGAAAAUCUAUUCAUUAAUUAAAAGGAAAGAAUCUAAAAUAUGGAUUGAAAAAAUUAGAUAUCUCAACAAACACAGUUGAUUUAAAAUCUGAUAGAACUAAAGAUCUAAUAGGGAAUAUAUCUUAUUAAACAAGAACAUUAAGUGGAUUAAACAUUAAUAAUUAACAAAAAGUCAAUUAAGAUUCUUAUUUAAUUUUAAAAGAUUUACAAUACAAGUUAUUUGGUAUUUAUGAUGGUCAUGGUAAAUUUGGUCAUUUAGUUUCUUCAUUCAUCAAAUUUAACUUAGAAAGUAUCAAAAUAUUCAUAACUUAUAUAGAAUUCAUUAAAAGUAAUACAGGAAAUAUAGAUGAAAUAAAAGUAGCCUAUGAAUUAUUGAAUGAUAAAUUAUUAGAAUCAAAUAUUGAUACAUAAUUAUCAGGUAAUAUUGUAUAAGAAUGAGGAUCGACUGGCAUUAGUGUCCAUAUUAAUGAAUAACAUUUAUUUUGUUGUAAUGUAGGAGAUUCAAAAGCCAUUUUAGGGAGAAGAUAAUUGAUGAAUAAAUACUAAUCAAUUAGAUUAAAUAGGUUACAUAAACCCAUAGGAUUAGAGAGAGAUAGAAUAAUUAAAUUUGGUGGAAGAGUAGAAUGUAAUAAAGGUAAGAAAAUACUAAUAAAUAAAUAGAUAUAUAUGGAAGACCAAGAAGUCCUUUGAGAGUAUGGAUGUAAAAUGAGGAAAUGCCAGGAUUGGCAAUGACAAGGUCUUUUGGAGAUAAAAUGGGUAUUAAGGCUGGAAUAAUUGCAGUUCCUGAAAUUUUUGAAAUAUAAUUAACAAAAGAUGAUCAUUUUAUCUUAAUAGGUAGUGAUGGAUUAUUUGAACAUUUAAAUGAAGAAGAUGUAAAAUAAAUAAAAAUUAUUAGAUAUGUAAAUUAAUAAGUAGAUAUUAUCCACUUUAAAUAGAAAAAGCUGCUGAUAUGUUAAUGCUAGAAGCAUAAAAAUAAUGGAAAUUAAUAAGUUUAGGUAGAGAUGAUAUUACAUUUAUACUAAUUUUUAGAUUUUCUUGA